AUGUCCUCUCAUGAGAAAGUGGGUCUUCUCCUCUCGCACGAACUGGAUCUCGAAGGACAGACGUCCUUGAUAGAGUCACCAUCCCUCAGCAGCAACCCGGAAACAAACGCACACCUCAGCGCCGCCGAAAUCAGUGUUCUCUUCGGCAGCCUCGUCCUCGCACUCGUCCAAGCUCUAACGCUCUAUUCCUUCUACUACGCUGACUCUCCACCAUCGUUCCUCGACGCCCUUGCACCACAUCUGCUCCCUCUCGCCCAGGGGCUGCCAUCGGCAAUAAGUUCGAACCUACCGACGGCGGUGGUCUUUUUCCUUGCCAGCCCCUAUUUGGCGUCGCAAGAGAGGGUUGGACUCGCGAAGUGCUUGACGCUCUUUUGCUAUUUGGUAGGAUCAACGUGGGGAGCUGUGCUGUUAGGGCGUGAGUUGCUGGUUGUGGCUGGACAGCGGAACUAG